CCCACGCGUUUCCCAUAAGAACACAGUGGACUGUAUAAAUGUUCCUCCCAUCCACCGUCAUGUCUUCUCAUCAACCUGAGAUUUGUUCUCAGUCUCUUCCGUUUUCUCGCCAAGUUCCGAUUUUUCCGAGACAUUUGGUGGUUUUCCCUCGCCGAUCUCUUUCUGGGUUUUGUUAUUUCGUCGGUUUCUCAUCUGGGUGUUCUCCAAAUUCCGAUCUUUCUCUCACCUCCGUCCGUUUUUCUCGGUACCCAAACAAGGGUCAGUGAUACGUAACUCGACCAUGGUUCGUUGCAGUAACAGCCUUGUCGGAAUCCUCAACAUCCUCGUCCUCCUCCUCUCGAUCCCGAUCCUCGCCGGAGGAAUCUGGCUCAAGCUAAAGGGCUCGACGGAGUGCGAGCGAUUCCUCGACAAACCCAUAAUCGCACUGGGAGUGUUCCUCCUGCUGGUCUCCAUCGCCGGGAUCGUCGGCUCAUGCUGCAGAGUCACAUGGCUUCUCUGGGUUUACCUCUUCGUCAUGUUCCUGUUGAUAUUCCUCGUCUUCUGCUUCACCGUUUUCGCAUUCGUCGUCACGAACAAAGGAGCAGGAGAGGCAAUACCCGACAUAGGGUACAAAGAGUACAGGCUAGGAGAUUACUCUAACUGGUUGCAGAGCCGCGUGAACGACGCCAAACACUGGGAGAAGAUCAGGAGCUGUCUUAUGGACAGCAAUGUCUGUGGUAGGUUCGGACUCGAGUUUUCUCUUCACACCGAAAGGGAGUUCUACCAGGAGAGUUUCUCCCCUAUUCAGUCUGGUUGCUGCAAGCCAUCAAACGACUGCCAGUUCAAGUACCUCGGCCCGACGAAUUGGACCGAGCCAGCCGGGAGAGACGGAGGAUACAAGAACCCGGACUGCCGAAUCUGGAACAACUCUCCAGACAAGCUUUGCUUCGACUGCAAUGCCUGCAAGGCCGGCCUUCUCGACAACAUCAGGAGCGCGUGGAAGAAAGUUGCCAUCGUCAACAUCGUCUUCCUCGUCUUCCUCAUCAUCGUCUACUCGCUCGGUUGCUGCGCUUUCAGGAACAACAGGAAGGACGAUUCUUACAGCCGCCACAUUGGUUACAAGCCUUAGACAAGGAGUCUCUUUUCUGUUUUUAAUCAUACAUAUUGGUUAGACCCUUUAAUAAUAAUAAUGAUAAUGUGUUUUAAUUACAUUUGAGCUAUCCAUAUUGGAAUUUUGAAUGUAUCAUACUUUCAUGCAAAACUUUGCAAAAAUGUUUCUAAGGCGUUUUAUUA